UGAAGGUCGCAGCGCUUGACGUCGUUCAAAACAUUCGAGAUGUGGACGUCGUCGUCCGUGGAAGCUGUUUCUCAGUUGUCAGUUUGUAUAUAACGGUGAAUAUAUCGUACGAAUAACGUCGUAUAAAAUGAGACGGCAUGUUCCAUUCGACGCGACUUCUUAGCGGGCUGCUCGUUCUACUACUAUCGAUAAUUGCGCUAUGCGAUGGCGCGAACUACACGUACGAGGUCGACUGUAAUAACCUACGAAUGGGACAGUACAUCUGUCCGCAUCCCGAUUACGAUUUCAUAGACCCGAAGACGCAACAGCCGCGUGGAUGCACGAAGGAGAACAAAGCCAAAGUGUUAUGUUUAGCUGCUGAUGGCCUCAUCUGUAUAGAAACAAAAAAUAACACAUUCAAGAAGGAUAUACCUUGCAAAUGGACGAAUGGAUACUCUUUCGAAACAUCAUUACUGCUGUCUAUAUUUCUCGGUAUGUUCGGUGCUGAUCGAUUUUACCUUGGAUAUCCUGCUCUGGGCUUGCUUAAAUUGAGCACACUGGGGUUUCUCUUUCUUGGUCAAUUCGCCGAUGUAAUAUUGAUAGCCACGCAGAUCGUAGGACCAGCGGAUGGCUCCCACUAUGUCAUGCCAUAUUACGGUGCUGGAAUAAAGAUUGUAACCAGCAACAAUUUCACGUACAGAGUGCCACAAUAUGAUUGCUGAGGAAACGGCAGAUCCAGCACACGUAUGACGAACGACCGUUCUAAAAAUUGUAUAGCCUUCUCUUUCUUGUCGCGAGCAACGAUGUACAAUCCUAGAAUCGAGUCCUAUUUCGGUACACGUGGAUGUAAAUUAGUCUCUAUACUAUUUUAAUGAAUAAGCUUAAUGUUAAUCUUGUAGAUAAUGCAUACUUCAACGAAAUGUUGUAUAUAGACAUUUAUUACUGAUUUACGUAUUGCCAGCUGAUAUAAUUAAAUAAUAAACGUUUGUUUUUCUA